AUGCCUCAAGGAAUCGCCAAGGGCGGCAAGGAAGACCUCAAGCUCAGCAAUCAGUCGCUCUGGCAGACCAAGGCCUUCAUCAACGGAUCAUGGGUUGGUUCGGACAGCAACGCUACCCUCAAGGUCUUCAACAAGGCCACCGGCGCUGAAAUCGGCCAGGUACCGGACAUGGGCGCCAAGGAGACCACUGCCGCCAUCGAUGCUGCCCACGAAGCGUUCAAGUCUUGGUCCAAGACUACAGCAAAGCACCGUCACGAUUUGCUCAUGAAGCUCUACUACGCCCACCAGGACAACGCCGACGACCUUGCCAAGAUCAUCGUCGCCGAAAACGGCAAGGCGCUGCCCGAGGCAAAAGGUGAGAUCGGCUACUCGAACGGCUUCCUCGAGUGGUUCGCUGAGGAGGCCACUCGUACCUACGGACACACUGUUCCGUCGCCACUCCCCGGUAUCCGCAACGUCGUCCAGAUGCAGCCUGUUGGUGUCGCCGGUCUCAUCACUCCUUGGAACUUCCCCGCGGCCAUGAUCACCCGUAAAGCUGCUCCCGCUCUUGCUGCAGGGUGCACCGUCGUCAUCAAGGCACCCGCCGAGACGCCUUUUUCCGCGCUGGCUUUCGCUCACCUUGCUGAAAAGGUGGGCUUCCCCAAGGGCACCAUCAAUGUCGUCACCUGUGCCAAGGGCGACAACGAGAUUGCCGUAGGCAAGGAGCUCUGCGAAAACCCCACUGUUCGCAAGAUUUCUUUCACCGGCUCCACCCGCGUCGGAAAGAUCCUCAUGAGCCAGUCCGCCUCCACGCUCAAGAAGCUCUCGAUGGAACUCGGCGGCAACGCUCCCUUCAUCGUCUUUGAGGAUGCUGACCUCGACAAGGCGGUUGAAGGAGCCAUCGCUUGUAAGUUCCGAGGCUCCGGUCAGACGUGCAUCUGCGCCAAUCGAAUCUACGUUCACGCCAACGUCAAGGACGAAUUCCUCAAGAAGCUCGCCGCCAAGGUCGACGCCUUCAAGGUUGGUUACGGCAUGGACGAGGGCACCACCCACGGUCCGCUCGUCAGCGAGGCCGGACUGCACAAGGUCGAAGAGCACGUAAACGAGUCGGUCAAGAAGGGCGCCAAGAUCAUCGUCGGUGGAAAGCGUGGCGAAGGCCUCUUCUUUGAGCCCACCGUCAUCACCGACUUGCCCGAGGAUGUACCCACCGACCGCGAAGAGACUUUCGGCCCUCUCGCGGCUGUGUACACCUUCACCAGCGAAGAGGAGGUGGUACGAAAGGCCAACAACGUAGAUGUGGGUCUGGCCGGCUACUUCUUCUCCAAGGACACGGCUCGCUGCUGGCGUGUCGCCGAGGAGCUCCAAGUCGGCAUGGUAGGUAUCAACACGGGCCUCAUCUCACAAAACGCCGUGCCGUUCGGUGGUGUGCACGAAUCUGGUUUCGGACGCGAAGGAGGUCGCACCGGCAUCGACGAAUACAUGGUACAGAAGCUCAUGGUGUUUGGCGGUGUCAACUGA